CGGCCUUGUCGAGCCAACUGACUGCAAAAAUGUGACAUUGUCCUCAUUUUCCAGAACAAAGAACAGAGAAUCGAUGUAUCAAUGAACAUUACAGCGGGUGCACGACAAAGACCUCAUUUAUUGUUCACGUGACCGUCGCAUGGUGGACGUUGCAUUUGGACGCUGCUCGUCGUCGAUCCCGACAAAGCGAAGAGGAACAAAAGAAACGCGUCUGGGGACAAUAAAAGGUCAAGCUGACCAGCCGCUCACCUGCUUAUUGUCCUUGGCCGCCAGCAUUGGGUCGAUAGCGUCUACUGACCGCCUCUCAGACUUUCCAGAUGGACAGCGAUAACCAUAUGCUGGUAGAUAUUCCUGUAGCGGUAGAUGAACCAGACGACGUCGUUCGUUGGGUGCCAUCUCAAACGUCGAACCCGGUCUUGCAGGCACUUAUACACCAGGCAGAGCAAGACAAGAAGAGUCAACCUUCGCUACCAUGUAUAUCUGAGCCGCUCUGGACUCAUACUCUUCCAUCCACUACUUCCACUCUUUGGCCCUCGAGCACAGCCCCGCCAACUUCGCGUGUGUCGUCACUGCCCUCUUUUGGGGACACAUCCUUUUUAGUGCCUCCCCGCGAGCCAAGUGGCUCAGACCCCUCGUCCUCUUCGAGCUCUGGACGCACCAAAAUUUCUUCAGGUGCUCAUCGCAAACCCCUUUCGGCUUCUGUAAAUCAUCCUGCGCGCUCAGGGCGAACAACAUCCAAACACGAUCCUCUAUCAAAGCGUCCUAGGUCAUCCUCAUACUCCUCUUCUGGCAAGGAAAAGCCCAAGGCGAGUCUUGCUGAUCGCGAACAGGAUCCAGAUGCAGCUGCAUUUUUGGCACUCCUCAGGGAUGUGUCAAAACAACUGGAUGACAACGCGAGGAAGAAACAGAUUGUUUCCACCAAGCUUAAGGAUCAGAGACAACGGGGAGACGCGGAGGGAGAUGAGACACACCAGUCCUCAUUCCGCGGAAGUCACAUUCCACCACCUGCCCGGGAGAGGGGGAAAGAAGGGGAGAGAGCGAGAGCAGGCGGGAGUCACGACUUGUCAUUAAAUGGCUCGAGUCUGGUCCCGGAUACUUCAUUCGAUACUGUGUCUCAGCGAACGGACCAAAGGCCCGGUGAAACGUUUGGGGUUCCCUGCCGCAAUACCAACGUCCCAGUCAAAUCAACACCUUCCGCCCAGCUCAACUGUAACCCCAGUGGAAGGUCUAUGACGAAGUCUGCCACUUCGGGCUCUCGCACCAUAAUGAGGGUUUCCAGUAUGGACCCCAACGUGCCUUCCCGGCGAGACCCUGUAUCCCAUACUCGUAACUUAAGCAGGACUACGAGUACAUCUACAAUUACUUCAGGUUCCCACCACGAACAUGCCGCAUAUCAGCCAAUCACUCCCACUUUUGAUCGUCAUACACGAGUCCAAGUGUCAGUGAGCGGUAACGUUGCCGGGGAACGCCUAAAGCACACCGGUACUGUGACAGAAGAUAGCCCUAUGGCUGUCGAUCCUGACACGAGUUCUGGAGACCGUACUAAUUCGGAUAAUACUAUGGAUGUUCCAUCGUUCCCCAAAUCGAAACCAUGUCCCAAGGUACCAGAUAAUUCCAAGCCGCAGCCCGUGACGUGCACUCAACGACCUGCAGUCGGGCAAGCGCGUUCCACACCUCACCGUCCCCCGGCACUUGGCAUGCGACGACCCGUAAUAACGCCUAGUAAUGGCCCUGGUAGUGCAUCGGCUUUCCCAUCUCCCUCCCAAUACGGUGCCCCGUCACAACCACCGAAAGCCACAGCUGUUCCACGGUUUAAGCCACCUCUCCCAAAACCGCCAAUUCUGAAGGGCUCUACUGGGUCUGCUUAUAGCAGACCCAGUAGUGUGGUUAAUGGGACCGAGAGCGAUAUUACCCGACUUGGCGUUGGAGCGGGGCCGCGAUCCCCGGCCAAGGUGGCUUGUGUGUGUCCUGAGACGGACCCUGAUUCAUCAUUUGAUAUAUCCUUUGAUAUGGAUGCGGACAUGUUAGAGGAGGCCAUGCGACCCUAUGAUUGAUGGAGGUACUAACGGUCUACUGACGGUGCGAGUGGGCUGGAAUUAUACAUCAGAAAUACUUACAAGUUACACUAUACAAUUGUUGACGUAUUCCAUACUAUACUCGCUUCUAAAGGGAUAGUUUCCCUACUUAGUUCUCCUUGCCAGCAUUAUAGAUCAUGACGGUCCUCAGGCG